AUGUACAACCCCAACUAUAGCUUCGAAGAACAACUCCCACCCCACAGCAAAGCGAUAUUACAGGCGUGUCGAGCCGGAGACCUCGCACAACUGCAACAGAUAUUGAAAGACUACAGCAUCAAGCCAAGCACCUCCGCAAGUUGGGGGAGAGACCUUAACGGUCCGCCUAACACACGGAUGCUUCUAGAAGAAGCCGUUUCGCACCAACAUGCCAGCAUCGUGCGGUUUCUUCUGUCCAUAGACCCAUCAAAUGAUAUAGACAGCAAAGAUAUUGGCCGGUCACUAGUUGAAAGCCAGAACCUGGAGAUCCUGGAGCUCAUCCGCGCGCGGGCGCCGGACAUUGUCAAUGUAGAUCUCAGCCACUUCGACACAUUCCUCUCAGCAGCCUGCCAAGUGGGUGGGACCUGGGAUAAUCCACCUGGUGAUGAGUCGCUGCCACUGGUUCAUUACCUGCUGGAUAAUGGAGCCGAUCCCAACGAGGGCGGCUUUGGGGGGUGUGGCUCGAUCCCUGCAGCGAUAGAGUUCUCGCGGCCUCUGGAGAUAAUAGACAAGAUGGUCGAGAAAGGGGGAGUGGUGAAUCUUCUUGUAUUUUCUUCGGCGGUUAGAGCGCGACGGAUUGAUGCCCUGCACCUUUUCUUUGACAAGGCCCCGUUUAGUGUGAGCAUUGACGACAUGCUCAAAAGGGCGCGAGAGUCAGAAGAUAAACAAAUCAUGGCCAUAGCGGAAAGGGGCGUGGCGAAAGUCAGAAAGCGCCAUUACAGGCGGAAAUCGAAGUGGUGGAAGGGUCUUCAGGGUGUUUGGAUAUUUUAA